AUGACCAUAGUCACUCUCCUCACCGGCCUUCUGGCCCUCACCUCCACCGCCCUCACCCAGUCCAUCACACCCCCCGAUGGCUGCCCCCUCCCCACCUGGACCGUAAGCAACUUCCAGUGGUACAACGGCUCCCACAGUCUAGAUUGCGUGCACAACCAAGCCGACAUCGACGCCUACGGCUGCCUCUGCGCCGGCUCCGGCGGGUGGUGCGAGCCCAACCAGGCCACCUGCAACGGCUCCUGGGUGCACCUCUGCUGGACCGGCAUGCCAAACUACCAUCCCUGGGGCUACGGCCCACUCGAGACACUCGACAUCGAUUUCACGGAUGGCCUGCAGUGCCACGACCAGUACAUCGGGUACCGGGUGCACGAUAUCGGCAACGGGGAGAGCAACUGCGGCUACGCGGACCGCGGGCUCGGGCGCAUUGUCUCGUUCUACGGGAGCUCGAAUUACGAGACUUCCAUUGGGCGGAUGGAGUAUGUGCUUGGGCAGGGGCAUGCGCUGACCUGCAACAAUGGGAGUAAGAUUUCGUACUCUGGGGAGACGGAGUUUGAGCUCGAGUGUGUGCAUGAUGCGUUUUUCAAUGCGACGUGCACGGCGGAGGAGUUUACCAUUCCGGUGUUGUCUUAUGAGUGGGUUUCUUGA